AUGUGUGUGUGCAGCGGAGCUCUGGGCGUGCAGGUUAGAGUUGGAGACAGCGUCUUCCCCUUGGAGGCCGUGAAGCAGCUCAAGGAGCUGAUGGAUUCAGACGGCGGCGGCGGGGCGAGCGUGGCGGCCGCCUGCACCGACCCCGUGCUGCCGCAGGUCUUUCGCCCGGUGUGUCGAGGCAAAGGAGCCGGCGACGUUUUCUCCAAACUGGUGUCGAUCAUCAAGUCUAUCGAUCCUUGUGAAAUAUGUGCCAACCCCUCCUGCUUUGGGUGUCUGAAGUGA